AUGGGGAAGACCAAGUUCUACCUCACAGGAUUGCAACACUUUAACCUCGUCAUCGAUCAUCGCCCUCUAGUUCCCAUCCUAAACAGCUACUCCCUUGACGCUAUAGAGAAUCCACGUCUAGAACGCCUCAAGGAGAAGAUCGCCCCGUACAUCUUCACAGCUGUAUGGCGCCCGGGCAAGGAGUUGUGUAUCCUGGACGCUCUAUCUCGCUCUCCUGUUGGCUACCCAACGCAGGCUGACGAAGUCCUUGAAGCACCUCCUGGCAGUGACCUUGCCCUUGAGGAGCUUCGUAAGGUGGCAACCGAGGACCCCGAAUACGUCCAGCUCCUUCAUUUUGUGAAGAACGGAUUCCCUAUGGACAGGUACGCCCUCCCCAACGUGCUCCGCUCGUACUGGAAGUUACGGGAGGACCUCUACUGUGAUGAGGAUCUCGUCCUGUACGGUGCACGAGUGUUGGUGCCUACAGCUCUACGUCGCCGUGUCUUGGCCCGCCUGCACGACAGCCAUCGUGGUGUCGAAGCCACCAAACGCCGUGCUAGGCAGGCUGUGUUCUGGCCAGGCGUGGAUGCAGACAUUGCCAAUACUGUUCGAGCAUGUGAGCCGUGCCAGAUUCUGCAGCCCAGUCAACAGCAAGAACCAAGACUCUGUGAUGACAACCCAACUCGACCAUUCGAGUCCAUUUCUGCUGAUUACUUCUCAGUUGCAGGGAAGGCUUUCUUAGUCAUUGCAGAUCGUCUUUCCGGCUGGCCUGUCGUCGUGUCCUGUGGCGCUGAUACGACGUCUGCUGCCACCAUUCGCCAUUUCCGCCGCCUCUUCAGGGACCUGGGUGUUCCUGUACGCCUGCGCACGGAUGGUGGCCCACAGUUCGCCAGCCGGGAGUUUUCUACGUUCCUCGAGCGCUGGGGAGUUCGUCACGACACAUCGACGCCCCAUUACCCACAGUCUAACGGCCAUGCCGAGUCUGCAGUGAAGGCUGUGAAGCACUUCAUCCAGAAGGUGGCACCGUCUGGCAAUAUAGACUGUGAGGCGUUCGACAGGGGUCUUCUGGAGCUUCGGAACAACCCCAACCAGACGGGUCGCUCUCCAGCUCAAGUCCUGUACGGUCGCCCUUUACGCUCUUGCGUCCCCGCACAUGCCAGCGCCUUCCAGAAACGGUGGCAGGCCAGGGACGAGAGUUGCGACCGUCGAGCUGCUGCCCGUCUCCGUGAUGCCACAAGUCGCUACGACGCUCACGCUCGGCCUCUUCCACCCCUGCAGCAAGGUGACGUGGUUCGGAUCCAGGACCCGACUACGCAGCGGUGGAACAAGGUUGGCACCAUCAUGGGCGUUGGCAGGUCACGGGAUUACCUGCUCAAGAUGCCCAGUGGUCGAGUGUAG